UUUAUUGUUGUCUUUUGCCAUGGCAUUUCGUAACAUCGUGGUAUAAUUUUGGAACAUACUUUUAGCGUAUUUAAAUAUGUUGGAUAGAGGCCAACUUUCGCAUAUUGUCUGCUAUUAUUAUAACGAUUACUCAAUCGGAUUCUAUAUAAGCUUUGAGGAUGAGUCGAAUCCACCACAAAUCAAAUAUGACGAGAAAAAGUUUGAGACCGAAAGGUGAAGAAAAAGAAGACCGAGACGAGCACGGGAGCUCUCUCGACUGUCUGCCCGACGAUGUAUUGUACGUUAUCCUGCUGAAACUGGAUAUACAAUCUCUAGGUAGAGUAUGUCGCACGUGCCGAAGACUGCGGAGCUUGGCGGAAGCGGAUUUUGUGUGGACCAGACAUGGAGAACAGAAUACUUUGAUUCAAGAGUCAAGCUGGUGUGAUCAGAAACAGAAAAUUGUGUCAAAACAUACUGAAUGUUCAUAUAAGGAAAAGAUACGUCUCUCAUAUAAUUGGGAAGCUGGAGUUUUCCAGAGCACAGUGAUUACACAGAAUCCUGUAAAACAGAUGCCAUGGCUGCGGUUUGACGAGACAGGACUGUGGGUAUCUUCUGAGCAGCACAUCAAAUGUUUCAGCACCAGGCGACACCGAGGCCCCAAGCACCACCUUCAUACACUUGGCGGAGUAAAACAUGAUGUAACACACUUCACACUUCAGGGGGAGUCUGUCAUAGCAGGUUGUAGCGAUGGUAGUAUAGUUAGGUGGAAUAAGACAUCAGAGAAACCCACAUUCACAUACAAAGUCCACGAUGACCACAUACAUAAGGUGGAUGUCAGAGAAAACCUUAUCUUCUCGGGCUCUGCAGAUAACACAAUCAGAAUCACAGACACAGACCAAUUGGCAGCAAAAUCCAGAGUUGUGAAAGUGAUUGAAGUAGAGGAGCGAGUGUGGUCAGUGGCCGUGUCUCCAGAUGGCAGAUGGUGUGUGGGUGGCACGGCCGCUAGUACAGAUGAGACACCACCUUUGAUAGUUUGGGAUGUGGAGAGUUUGACUAAGUUUUGUAACCUUGGAACACAGCAUAAGAAAGGUGCCGGAGUGUUUGACAUGAAGUUUGAGUCCCCGAACCUCCUUCUCACAAGUGGCUACGACACAGUUAUACGACUAUGGGACAUGAGAACUCAUACUUGCGUAUGUAAUUGGGUGGAGCCCUUUGAUUAUGCAAACUACUGUAUCCAGUCGGACAACAACAUGGCCAUGUUCACGGGUACGGCUCGCAGCAGUAUGACGCGGCUUUGGGACAAACGAAAGUCAAAACCUGUUGGCAUAUACCACCCACCUGGCCGGAGACGAGAUAGUCCAGUGUACUCAAUCGCUUAUGACACUUCAAAACUGUUUGUAGCUCUCGACCUCAGCAUCCACAUGCUGGAUUUCUCUGUGAACCGAUGAGGAAGUCAUCAAAGUGAUUUCUCUGUGAACCGAUGAGGAAUUCAUCAAACUGAUUUCUCUGUGAACCGAUGAGGAAGUCAUCAAACUGAUUUCUCUGUGAACCGAUGAGGAAGUCAUCAAACUGAUUUCUCUGUGAACCGAUGAGGAAGUCAUCAAACCGAUUUCUCUGUGAACUGAUGCUGAAGUCAUCAAACCAAUUUCUCUGUGAACCGAUGAGAAAGUCAUCAAAGUGAUUUCUCUGUGAACCGAUGAGAAAGUCAUCAAAGUGAUAUUGUUCAGAGGUACACCAUAAUACAAGCCAGACUACUGUGAACUGAUGACCUCAAAUUGAUAUUCCGUAGCUACAUCACACAUGCCAGAGAUUUCAGUUCAGGUAAACUGAUUAAGAGGGCUUCUAUCUGACAUUUCAUAGGUACAAGACAUAAUCUCAGACGUUGAAACCGAAUCCUUGGAGAAAAGUAUAUAACGGAGCAAAUAUAGAGUGUAUGUGUCAUUUUUUGAAAACUCUGAAUUUAAAAUUACCGUAGACAAGAUUUCAGAAAUCGUAUGCGCCAAAACAUAGAAAAUUAAAGAAAUUUGUGAGUUUUGGUGGGUAAUUUUGGAAAAUAUGGGGCAAAUGGCCCCAUGACCCCCUCCAGAGUUAACUCUGAUUAUGUCAUUGUAUUUUUUGUUUGCCAUGCAUGAUGUCAUUGUAUUGUUGACGUGACCUCAUUGUAUUGUUGCAAGCACAUGCUAUCUGUGAUACCCAAGUAGUUGACAGAGAAAUCUUCAACAGGUCAAACAAGAGACAAAUCUGUAAAUGAUAUUUUUGUCAGUGUUAUCUUUGUGAAGCGAGAAUGUCAGCUUGUAUCCUCUGGUAAAUUAUACUUUAAUAUUUAUGAAAUCUGUUAAUAAAUUAUUUUACUGAC